GUUUAGCUUGGUUGCACAACUGUCAGAGAUCUCCCCUAUGCUCAUCACCACCCACCAGCAAUGCCCUGUCAAGCGAACAGUAUAUCAGCAUACCACAGGAAGAGGAAAAACUGGUCAGAAUAACUUGCUUCUGCAUGCUGUGACUAAUGUCACACACAAUGUAGUUCAGAAAUUGGAGAAGCCAGAAAGUUCGUAUGGAAAUGAGUAUUAUGUUAAAUACGUACUCAAGGUAGGAACAAUGCAGUACUCUGUCCUCUCCACCAGCACCAUGUUACAUUGUUUGUUGCUGAGAUGGACCAUACUGGUGGCAUUUUCAGGUUUCUUGGCAACAGGUGCUGAAAGUUUAGUUCAAGGGAAAGUGGGUCAGGACGUCACUUUGCCUUGUUAUUAUUCUGUGGCUAAACAUGGGACCACAACCAUGUGUUGGGGGCAAGGAAGUUGUCCUUCAUCUUGGUGUUCUGACCCAAUUGUCUGGAUUGAUACAUAUUGGAACAUAAAUCGGCAAUCCAGCAACUACCAUUUGACAGGACAUAUUCAGAACGGUGAUGUGUCCCUGACCAUUCUGAAUGUCACAGAAGAAGAUGCAGGGUUAUACUGUUGCCGUGUGGAAAUACCAGGCUGGUUCAACGAUCAAAAAAUCAGUGUGCGAGUUGUGAUCAAGGAAGGAAAAUCAGGUCCAGAUUCAUCUGUGGUAACAGCACUGAUUGAUCCAACUACAAUAGACUUCACUGAAUCUCAUUUUGCUUUGGAUCCAAGAUGGAUGUCCAGUACAGAACCUUCACGAGAUAACAUUUCUUUAUAUUUCUUCACACCAAUGAAAGAGCAAAGGAAGAAAGAAUCCUCUUUGACAGGCUUAUAUGUUGGCAUUGGAGUAUGUUCAGUGUUACUAGCCACUGUAACUCUGCUGCUUCUAAAGUGGUAUUUACUGAAAAAGCAGAAGAUGACUAAUUCUGUAAGCGUCACAAAAAAGAAGCAGCACAGACAUGGGGCAGAAACAGACAGCAUGGAGUUGUCCAUCUGUACUGCCCCUAGGACACUUGUGGCCAAGCAACAUCAGGGUGUCAUCAAGAUGGCAAAGAUUAUGAAUAGGAUGAACACACAAGUGGGCACCUUAUCCCAAAACGUAGUAAGAGGGGUGGUGGGCCAAGCUAUCACUUUGCCAUGCACCUACAAUGUCCGACAGCUAAGUGAUCUUACUGACAUGUGCUGGGGCCAAGGCAGUUGCCCAAACUCUAAAUGCAGUAAUGAAAUCCUACGCACAAAUGGAAUGAGGGUGACAUCAAAAAAGUCACAAAGGUAUCAACUAAAGGGACAAGUGACUAGAGGAGAUGUGUCGCUGACUAUUGCAAAUCUGAAUGAAAGAGACAAAGGAUUGUACUGUUGUCGUGUUGAAAUCAAAGGCUGGUUCAAUGACAUUAAAAAGACCUUGAAUCUGCAAAUUGAGAGAGCAAUCACCACCACCACCACCACCACUACAACUAUGACCACCAUGUCUCAAAGGACUACUACCACACUUACCACUACCUCUUUAAAAACUAUCUCCACAGUACCUCUCACUUUCCCCUUAACAACUAAAUCUGCUUUCCCAACAACUCCUAAUACUACUAGUGGCCUAAUGCUGCCCACAUCCUCUUUGUCACCUAUUACCACAGCUCCUUCUUUUCUCUUAAAAACUAAAUCUGCUUCCUCAAUUACUCCUACUGCUACCGAUCAUCUAACGCCAUCAACAUCUUCUAUGCCAACAGCUAUCAUAGUUACUACUACAAUUCCUCCUUUUCUCUUAACAACUAAACCUACUUCCAUAAAAACUCCUUCUGUUACUGAUGAUCUAACACUGCUUACAUCUAUGUCAAAAGUCACUGCCUUUCUUGCAACUGAUACUCCAUUAGAAAACAUCAAAUCAUUGCCAACCAAUUUCCAGUAUGUGUCAAUCAAAAAUGAUGUUGUUACCACAGAGACUGACCCUCUUACUACAGGAACAGGGCAGACCAUUUUGGAUUUUUCAAAAAAGUACUAUCCAGUUCUGAUUCCCUGUUCCCUUGUGUUCUGCAUUUUCCCCUUGACACUUGGACUAUGGCAAAUAAAAUGUAAAAAGAUGAAAAAAUAUGACUUGAACAAAAUGGAAAGCUUGGACAUACAGGAAGAACCUGAGCAAACACCUGUUGGAAUGGAAGGAGAGGAUGGACUUUUCCCCCUAUAACAAUCAACUCAAGCUACACAAAUGUAGCAUCUGUGAAAAGAAGUGUUUCAAAAGAAGUACUCCUUAAUAAUAUGUUCUGGAGAUGAUGCCUGGCACAUAUUGAUUCCCACUUGACAACUAACCAUUUAGAUUUGUCACUAUUCUUUUAGAUUUAUUGCCUUUUUUAUUUUGGAUACUUUCCUUGGCUUUCACCUCUGUCUUGAAACAUUUCAGGCAAAGAAUGUAUAAUUUCUGCAUCCUGUGCUGAGAAAAUUAUCGACAUGAAACUAAGUUGUAAACUGGGCUGGCCCUACCAUUAGGAAAAGGGAGGUGGCUACCUUUGGCCCUAUAUUUAAAAUGUCAUGAAAUUGCAGUGUGA